UCAACGCAAACGGCUAGUUUUUAAAUUGAAAUUCAUACAAAUAUUUAUGUUUUUGUAUUUAAUUUAAAUAGCUGUAAAUAAAUAAGAUUUAAUAAUAUAAGGCUUAUAAUCAACAAGAAAUUAUAACUAGUUCUGAAACUAUACUUAAUUUAUAUAAUGGAAAAAAAACCUAAGUUGGAGCCAUUAAGAUUGGCAGAGUGGGCGCAGAAUUCUGCAUUCUUUGGGAAAGCCGUCGAACUUAUUUCAGAGACAAAGCGCUCUAAGCAGUCGGACACUGAAUCAAAUCCAAAAGUCAGAUUAAAUCCUAUUCCUCCUUCUCAAUUACAUUUAAGUUUUCAAGCAUUAAAACCCAGUGGCAUUGGACAGACACCAGUAAGACCAGUUACCUCAAUAAAAAAAAAGAACUGGAACUCCUCUGUUACAAUUGUUAGUAAAGAACGAAGAAUGACAGAGAUAAAACCCAAUAUAAGAAAAACACUAAACUUCAAUUAUUCUAAGGCUAAGGCAACUAAUACACGGAAAACUCUUAUUGAAAAAGCAACACCACCAUUACAGACAUUUAAAACCUCAAAAGUAAAGAAAGAAGGAUCAGUUUUAAAUAAUGAAAUUAAGUUAAGUGGAAUAAAAAGAAUUCCCAUCACACCUCAGAGAAAAGAAAUAGUACCAAACAAGUUACAAAUAAACACACCUAAGAGCAUUCUGAAAAAAAAAGUUAUUCAAUAUACACCUCUCUCAACUACAUUUCAAAAAUCCUGUGAUGGUGAUGCUACAUUUCUUCGUAUUGAAAAGGAAGUUGAUGAUUUGGUGCAGGAAAAGGAAAUAGAAAAUGACGUUAAUAUAAAUGUUGCAUUACCAUCAUCUACACCUUUUAAGGCUUCAAAUGUUUUAGAGUACUUUCCAACAUCUGAUGCUGAUUUUCUUCAAAAGGACAAAACUAUUCUAGACAUUAGUAAUGUGAGUGAAAAUGAGAACCCGGUUGUGGCUCUAUGUGAUGCAUUUCAGAAGGCACUCAUUUCACAUGCCUGUCAAAAAACAGACUUGAAACAAGAACGAGGAUCCUUAAUAAGUGUCAUAGGGGUUGCUUUGAAACAUAUACAAGAAAUAGAAGAAUAUGAAAAAGAAAACGCAGUUAAUAAUAGCAGAAACCAAUUAAUGGGUAUCAGUUCUAAAGAUUUCUGCAGGACAAAAUUACCAAAAUUUAAGAUACAAAAAAAAAUUGUCUUCCAAAAUUCCCCCAAAAAAUGCCAUGUUUCUCCAAAAGUAGAUAAAACUGAUGCUUUAAAUGUGUAUAUGGGUCUAAAAAGAAAUUUGAAUUUUUUAAACACACCAAAGAUAGAUAAGACACAAAAUAAUGAAACUGACACUCCACUUAGAGUGAAGAAGAACCUGCAAUUUCAAUUAAAUAAAUUGUAUAAUGACAGUGAGUCGUAAUGCUAUUCAGACACACAAACAUCUAAUAGACUGAAAUUACUUAGAAAAUUAUGGAUUGUACAGUCAAAUUUUUAGACGACUUCAGUAUAAAUACCACAAUACAGUAAAGGUCAAAAUUAAUUCUACCUAUAAAACAUUUAUCUCCAUUUAUGCAGUCUUAGGUUAUUUGUUUUUUAUUACUAUAUUCUAAUUUAUCAGAAUCAGUUUCAAGGAAAAACAUGCUAAACCCUAAUGAUUUUAUUUUUAAGAAAUCUUUGCAAGUUCACUAUCAUGAAAUUAGCAUAUCCAUAUACAUGCAUUACGCUGGGUGACAAGAUAUAAUUCCUAUACUAUGAUUUGUUAUCUAUCAGCUUUGUUUCUUAAAGUUAAGAUUAUUCAUGCUUAAUGUUAAACUAUGUCUAUUGAAAAUAAUCAAAUACUUUGCAGAAAUUGUAAUAAAACUAGCUUAUAAAGAAGUCUAAAUAUUGGUUGUCUCCUGUGAAUAUAUAUUAAAAGCAUGCAGUGCCUACUUAUGGGUUUCCUAUUGAUAACAGCAGGCACUGUAUUCACAGUUAAAUAAUUUUAUAGUGUCUAUAAAUAAAAUGUUGAAUAAAUUUGUACAGUAAUUUUUAUAAAUUGUAAUAGAUAAUUAAAGUAAUAUAUCUUUG